GUGAGUUUCGACAAAAGUAGCGGCGCCGUCAGAGGCGUGUGUGCAGUGAACUGUGAACACUACACCUGUCUCAGCUUACCUGUAUGAAUAGAAAAGAAAAUAAUACUUGGAGACGCUUUUCAAAACAAGCAGCGGGAGAGGAAACAUACACAUCUCGUUCAGGUGUUCUUUUAACGCAUAUCUGGGUGAUAUGAAAAUGCACUUCAUGAGACUCGGACGCUGUUCAUGUGCCUUUUGGCUAGGGGUCGCCUUUGAUAUCUUGGGACUUGGAAUCUUGCUGCUGGGGGUGUUUGCAAACUUCUUUUUUUACGAUUUUCUUAUUUACGCCGGAGCAAUUAUCAUAUUCCUCAGUCUGAUCUGGUGGGUGGUUUGGUACACUGGAAACAUUGAGGUGCCACCGGAACAGUUGGAAGACGAUGUCGGUCUUUUGAAGAAGGACAGUGGGGUUGUGGGGCUAGUGAGGAGGCUCUCGAGCCGUCUAACCAACGGUUUCAGAUCGUCGUUCAGGAGCAAUAAAAGGGCCAGCGGACAAAGUGGUAAUCCCCAGACCCAGCGAUCGCCACAAGCGGGUCCAUCAAAUCACCCAAAGGUCUUGCCAGUGACACAUUCCGGUGUGUAUACGGUCUUUGCUGGAGUAGCUAUUGAAGCACAACCGAACCAUCCAGCCAUGCAAGUGUCAACCAUAUAACAAAAGAAAGAGAAAGCCACGUAACUGGGCAACAAUCGUAUCGAUAAGCCGGCUACACUGCCAAACAAACUCUUUACUGUGAAUUGACUAGCGGGCCUGAAAAUGGACAUCAGUAUAGUUUAAUUUAAAAGUUUACAAGUGCCUCUCAUCAACGUUUCUGGAGUUUGACCUGUCUGUAGAAACACGGAUUUUAUUUCAAUCCAGAUUUUCUGGUGGAUGAAUUUAGUCCUAUGCUGUGACUUUUUUUUUUUCAUGUGUCUUGUUUUCAUCCAAAAAUAAAUA